GGGGGUGCUUAGACAACAGGGUGUGUCGUCUCCUUCAGGUGCAUAGCUGUGCUAGUUGCCUCUAGCCACUAACACUGUCCGUCUCGAGUGACACAUCUUGCAAGCUUGGAAACAGAUCGUUCCGAGUGUUGCUCACAAGGACUUAGCCAGCUCACACAGACAAGAGUGACCAGUGCAUGACGACCGUGACUCUGCUGCAGACUCCCACAACCUCCUCAAGCCCUCUAGGAUCAUGUCGGGCAUCUACGAUGAGUCGGCCAGCCAGGAGGAUGGCACAGACAGCUUCUGGGAGGUGGGGAACUACAAGCGUGCUGUGAAGCGGAUUGAUGACGGCCACAGGCUCUGCAAUGACCUGAUGAACUGUAUACAAGAGCGUGCCAAAAUUGAGAAGGCCUACAGCCAGCAGCUGACCGACUGGUCCAAGAGAUGGAGACAGCUGGUGGAUAAAGGACCCCAGUACGGCAGUGUGGAGAGGGCCUGGGUGGCAGUGAUGACAGAGGCUGAGAAGGUAAGUGAGCUGCACCAGGAUGUGAAGAACAGCCUGGUCAACAAUGACUUUGAGAAGGUGAAGAACUGGCAGAAGGACUCCUACCACAAACAGAUGAUGGGAGGCUUCAAGGAAACCAGAGAGGCAGAGGAAGGCUUCAAGAAGGCCCAGAAACCGUGGGCCAAGAAGCUCAAGGAGCUUGAGACUGCCAAGAAGACGUACCACCUGGCUUGUAAGGAGGAGAAGGUGGCGUCGAUCAGAGAGGCCAACAGCAAGGCAGACGCCUCAGUCGCGGCUGACCAGCAAAAGAAGCUCCUGGACAAGGUGGACAGGUGCAAGCAGGAUUCUCAGAAGGCUAAGGAGAAGUAUGAGAAGACUCUGGAUGAGCUGAGGAACUGUACGCCCCAGUACAUGGAGAACAUGGAGACAGUGUUUGACACGUGUCAGCAGUUUGAGGAGAAGAGACUGCGGUUCCUCAGGGAGGUGCUGUUGGACAUCAAACGACACCUCAACCUCACCGAGAACCAAAGCUAUGCCACAGUGUACAGGGACCUGGAGCACACCAUCACCUCUGCCAGCGCACAGGAGGACCUGAAAUGGUUCAGCAACAACCACGGCCCUGGCAUGCAUAUGAACUGGCCCCAGUUUGAGGAGUACAACCCUGAGAUCACUCACAUGAUCAGCAAGCGAGAGAAGUCAAAGAGAGGGGCAGACGGUAUCAUGCUGACCAACGUGACAGUGGCCCCGGACUAUGUGGCUGCAUCGGCUGGAGACGGGGGCAGUGUGAGCAGCUCUGAUAAGAACCAGGCCUACUCCUCCCAGGACCAGUCGGCAGAGUGGUCAGACGAUGAGCAGGCCGCGCCAAACUCCGGCUCAGACACCAAUGGGGGUGGGGCCAACCCCUUUGAGGAGGAGUCAGCGAAGGGUGUGCGGGUGAGGGCGCUGUAUGACUAUGACGGGCAGGAACAGGACGAACUCACCUUUAAAGCAGAAAACAAACAAUAGCAACACCCACGGCCCUGGCAUGCAUAUGAACUGGCACCAGUUUGAGGAGACGAGCUGACUAAACUAGAAGACGAGGAUGAGCAGGGUUGGUGUAAAGGCCGGUUGGACAGUGGCCAGCUGGGCUUGUAUCCUGCUAAUUACGUGGAGCCCGUCUAGCUGCUUGUGUACGUGGAGGACACUGCCCCAUUGGUUAGUCACCCAGACUGAACCGUCUGAUCAUACUGCACAUUACCAGAGACUUCAAAGCAAUGCUUCCCCAUCCCUCCUCUCUACCUGUGCAAUCAACACACAGACUGAGCCGUCUUUAUUUAAACACUCCCGAGGACCCACAUCAGACAAAGGCAGUACCAACACGACCAACACAUAUCAACCACAACACUGGGCUUGGGACCAUGGUCGAACCACGUCAGUAUACGUGUGCCAACAACAAACACCACAACCGAGAAGCGCAGGAAAACAAUUCAGCAUUUUUGUGUAGCUGUGUUCUAUUCCAAUGUUGUGCAGUGGUUAUGAUGACAUUCACAUGGCAGAAAGUAUGUUCCCUCAUAACAUAUGGCAUGGUUUAGUCCAUGGUGCUUGCAUAGCCAGAAUGAGCUAUGUAAAUGAGCUAGGUGCAUUGUAAAUAUGUGCUGACGGGUCUGUCAUUCCAUGUAAGGUUCUGAAAGUCCCCCUGUGAAACAGCAGCAGCAGCAUGUGCUGCUGUAUGACAUGAAUGACCUUUAGCUGCAGGAUCAAUGACAAAUCACUGUUGAGCAGAGCAGAGCAGAGCACAGCAGUACUACGCUGUUGAGCCUUGUUCAGUGUAAUGGCAUCGAACAGUGUUUCUCUACCCUCGUUGUACCAGAGACUGGCAAGCUAUGGUUCUCCUCUUUGGAUGACCAUUUAGUUGAAAAGCUUCUCUCAAGAUCAGACGAUGUUGGUGUCAGACAGAUGAGGGACCACUCAGUAAUGUCUCAGGGGCCCGGUGCCAGACCAGGGACCGAGGGUUGAAGAAACGCCUGUAUAGGACAUAUUCUUUCCCUAAAGCAGCAUUGAGAUAAUGUACUUGUAGUACCUCUGAUCAUACCAUGUUGAUCAUGUGCUUGUGAUUUCCUGACCCCACUGCUUUCUGGACUCAUCACUUUAUGUCGUUUUUCUUUUGUCUUAAAGUGCACGCCGUGUUCAUUGAGAAAUAUGAAAAAUAUGCUUUACUGUU